UCUCUAGUCAGAAUAAGAGGAGGCACGUCGAUCUGACGGCAGGGGCUGCACAGGCGAUGCAUGAGCAUUGCGAUCUUAUCCGCUGACAAUGAGGCAAAAGGUGCAUAAACGGCUUAUCACAGAUAGACAGCUCCCAUCAGCGUCCCCAGGCACGCCUUAGAGCUUUCAGUGUCGCUUCGUGGCUAGAGUUCAAACGUGGCUCGAAACAGCGUUCUCCCCACCAGGUGGCAACGGUGGCCAAGGCAACGGCUGUCAAACACGGCAGAGGCAAAAAUAUGAAAAAGAUAUACAUUGGUAAAACAGCGCUCAAAAGUCAGAGAAAUGGAUGCAAACAUCAGAAGAGAAGCUCUGUCCACGACCACAAGGAAGACCUGCGGAAGCGACUGUCCUUCACCACACACAAGUUAGAGAUGGUGGAGAUGGAGUUUGAUUCCACCCGCCAGUACCUGGAGACGGAGCUGCGCCGGGCGCAAGAGGAGCUGGACAAGUUCACCGAUAAAUUAAGGAGGAUCCAGAGCAGCUAUGCAACUCUUCAGAGAAUCAAUCAAGAUUUGGAGGACAAGAUGCACAGGACGACCCAGCACCACGAGGAGGAGAACAGGGUGCUGAGUCGCGAGGUCCUCGUCCUGAACAACCACCUCAUGGAGGCCAAGAUCACUCUGGAGAAGCUCCGAAAGGACAACGACUUGUACAGAAAGGACUGCAACCUGGCGGCUCAGCUGCUGCAGUGCUCCACGUCCCACCACAGAGCUCACAAGAUGUCUGAGCUGCCCUUGGAAUUCCAAGAACGCAUCGGUUCCCACUUUGAGGAGCUGGGCCGUGGUGGGGGAGUGCCUGCCGGCAUGUGUCAGUCUCCGUAUUCCGACUCCGUCCCCACCUCGGUGAUCGCGAAAAUCCUGGAAAAGCCCGAACCGGGAAGCAGCUGCCCGGCGACUCGCUCCCCCAGCCCCCAAAUUCCGGACGGCGACUUCCACUCGGGAACGGGCAGCACCGCCCGCCUCGACCGUCGCCUCUCGUACAAGACCUCGGACCUGUACUGCAGCGACACGGCCCUGUACUGCCCCGAGCGCUGGCAGGACGCCGAGAGACGCCAGAGCGUGGACCUCAACGGCACCCGGUUGUUCCAGCUCCACGCCCAGACCUCGGCCGACAGCAACCCCGACGAAGAGGCCUUCCACUCGGGCAGCUUCUCCCCGGAGGAGACCCCGUCCCCGGCCUUCCGUCCCCGCGACAAGUUCGGCACGGGCUCCCUGCCCGCCUCCAGCUCCUACUCCAGCUUCAGCCUCGCGUCGGACGACAAGGGAGCCGUCGUCGGGGUGGAAGGGGGCUGCGGGCGCGCGGGCAGCGGCACGCUGUCCGCCUCCCACCAGGUCCUCUACGUGGACUGGCGGGACGGCGGCGGCGGCGGGGAGUACGAGCACGUGAAGGGCCUGUCCUCCCACAAGAAGGACUCCGCUAGCUUUCACAAGUCCCAGAGCAUCCAGCACAUGGCGCCGCCGAGGAGCCCGCGGCAGGGCGUCUCCCCGGCGUACACGCGGACGGCGUCCUGCUUCAGCGAGCCGUACCACUCCAGCAGCCCACGGCUGACCUCCUCCCACAGCAUGGGGUCCGCCUUGGCGUUGGCUCACGCCUGCGGCGGCGGCGGCGGCGGAGGUCGUGGAGGCGGGGUAGAUCGCGCGGCCGACGUUCACGUCUUGGAGGACGAGCUGAGCAGCCGCUGGCGGCAGAUGAGCGUGGACGACGUGAACACCUUCUCGUCCUCCUAUCACAACCUCACGGGGCGCGCCUCCCCGUACAGCUUCUCCGAGCGCCACUUCGCCGUGGGCCCGUCCGGUAAGUCCAAAGCGGGGCCGCUCUACAGCAGCUUCCGGGAAGGGGACGACGUCUUCCACAGCCUCCUGCUGGACCAGUGCUUCGACGAGGGCUCCCCGUCGCCCGGCCGAGGCGCAGCCAGCAGGUCGAAGCGGCCGCUCUCGGAGCACCGCAAGCAGGAGAAGAGCUCCGUGCUAAGGACACAGGAGAGCCAGGACUCCGAGUGCAGCCUCUUCCUGAGCUCAGGGAGCGCCAAAGAGAAGGAGAACGGCGGGAGAGCGGGAGCGGCAGCCGUCGGCAAAAGCAGGGAUUACGUCAACCUGAGUGCGCACAGCUCGCCCGAGUCCCUGCGUCUGAGCUCCCUGGAGGCGUCGAGCCUCCAACACUUCCCCUGCCCCAGGCCCAGCUCCCGGCCCCGGCCCAGCUCCAGCUCGGCCCUCAGCAUCGGCCCCAAGCUCCCAAAGAAAACCUCUCCCAGGUACCAGAAGUUUGGUAGCACGGGACUGAUGAGGAAGGACAGUCUCACCAAGGCACAGCUGUAUGGUACAUUGCUGAAUUAAGUCGGAGGGAAAGACCCCGAGACCCCGACCACCAAAAAAAAAGGUCCCUGUUUUCUGCAUGACAUUGAUUAUGAUCCGUAGUGUGCUGUAUUGUAUGUUUCCCUGUGGGAAAGACACAACGCUGUGAGGAAAUGUGUGGUAAGAAGUCGAUCUAUGUUUCUCAAGCCAAGGCACGUUUAAUUCAGUGUGUGUGUGUGUGUGUGUGUGUGUGUGUGUGUGUGUGUGUGUGUGUGUGUGUGUGUGUGUGUGUGUGUGUGUGUGUGUGUGUUGCAACAGAAGUGUUAUUUUUUAAAUGGAGAUAUUUAUGUUAUGAUAGUGUAAGGUAUCAAAAAGACCAGCCUGUUCUAUGUUCUUUGUAUUGCGAUGAUUUUGACUUUGUACUCCAGUCAAGUGUAACUGGAAGCAAAGAAAUACACAUUGUGCGAAAGAAGGACAGCAAUGAUGGGAAUUAUAGAUCCAAAAAUACAGUAUGCUAUCGUUUUCUUCCUUUUCUGGGUUUUGUCAGUUAAACCUGCAACAGUAACUGUAUUACUACUCUGAUAUAUACAAUAGAGAUAAGGGCGAUGUAUAAUUGCAAGCAGGUUCCUUUGCUGCCUCCCUCACUAAGAGCUAAUUAACACGAUGUUUGGAGAAAGGGGGAUUUUAUCUAUUAUGCAUAGAGUACCCUGCAGACUUGAAUUUCCAUUCCUUAGUUUUUCCUCAAACUAAAUGCAUGCUGCGUAAUGCAUAUAUGAAUAAACUGGAGAAAGUAUAUUUCUCGCAAAGAUGUUUCACAAGGGACCAUGAACAUAACGGGUAGGUAGAAUUUGUGACCGCUGAUUAGCAUAGAACAACUUCCACAAUGAUUAAUCAAAAAUAAUAUUUUUUUUCUUUUCAUAGAAUCAGUGAACUACUGAGAGAUUACAUAAAGAGCCAAGGGUUGAAGACUUCUUUCAUCUGUCAAUUUAAACAUAAGUUACAUUACACUUUGCAUUUAUUUUCACUGCAAUCUACUGUACUUUUGAUUCUCUUGGUGAGUACAUAUGUUUUGAAGAGUUAAUUUGAUUGAUUGGUCCUGAUCUUAAUCGUUGGAUGAUUUUAAACCGUUAUUAUGGUGGCAAAGGUUUGUAACACGUUUGCUCCUCGUGGAUAUUCUGUUUAAAAUCAACUUUUACACUCUUGCAUUUGUGUCACAAUGUAAUCAAUAUAUUGUGCUUAUUGAUCAGAUAGGCACAGUGUUUAUUGAUCAAAGAAAUUGACAUUGGUAGAACAUUUUUCACACCACUGAAAAAGAAGCUGGCUUCUCAUUUUCAGCUAAGAGAAGGGGAGGACAAUUUGUAAAGUCUAAGAGUAAAUGGAAGGCCAUUCACUAAUCAGACUAUCUGUCUUAUACCGUAGUAUUCUUUCAUACCAUAAUGACAAAAAUUCAUGUCGGACUCCUUUUCUACACACAAAAAUCAGUACAGAGCAUGAAACCUAUGUCUGUAUUUUACGAAAUACUGUAAUAGUUAACUUUAUACCAGUAAACUCUGCCUUAUUGCGGUUUAGUGAAUGGAAUGUUUAUCCACUCACACAAGGGUGUACAUGCUGUAUAGACAAAAGUGUCUGUCUGUGUGUUAGUAAGAUGUAUGUUAAGUGCUGUUACUUCUUUUUUUCUUGUCUUAGGAUUUUAUCACAAACCAAAUAUUCAACCUGAUAUAAACUGUAUAACGUUGGCACUAGCUAGCCACCAGGCUGUGACAACAGAAAAACAAAUCUGUUUCAUUAGACAUUGAAGUGGGCAACGAAGAAGCAAUUGAGAAGAUUGUUGAGAAGAUUGUUGAGAAGCAAUCUGUCAAUACUCAAAUUUAAUCACAUUAGUGUGAGCACAAGGUCACAACUUGGAUAUGAGUAGGGGCGAUUUGAUGAAAAAGCAUGCGAAUCCUUACUCCUUUUUAAUAUCAUGGAAUCGAAUUCAUUACCAGACUGUGAUGAAUAGCCUAGCAAACUGACUCCUGCCCUGUCCUACGAUCAAUGCUCAAAACCUGUCCUGCUGAAUGAAUAAAACACUCUUCUUUCUCACGAGGUGGCCUACUGGUCUCUCCCUCCUGUUAGGUGAACGUAGCGCUAGCACAAGUGUUUCGGUUUGGACCGUCUUGAGAUAGCCUGGAGUAUCUGCUGCUGUUGUUGCUGUUGCUGCUGUUGUUGUUGCUGCUAGAGCACAGCAGGGGAUGGCAUUGGGGCAUUGCUUCUACUUUAAGUAUAGUGUUAUAGCUUAGUCACUGCACAGAGGUAUAGCUCUGACUGUAGGUCCUAGGAGAUUGUGGAUAUGGGAAUUGGAAUAUAAAGUAGCAACACUUUUCCCCCCUACAUUUUCUUUUGGUUAAUAUUUCAUGCUUCUACUUUUCGUAUUGAAAUCCCUUUCACUGGAAAGAGUAAAGUGGAACAGAAUCAAAAUAGGUAGCGACGGUCAGCGAUCUUUUGCGCUGCCAGUCGUUACUAUGGUACGACAUCCCAACUGCGUACCCAACAUAUGGGUGCAACCACCAUGGAUUAACCAUUCCACACACAGUUGAGUUGUUAGCGCUGUAACACCCCACGAUUCCUCCAAACGUACAGUACACGGAAAUUGAAUCAUUAGGGAAAAUAUGACAAUAUCUAAAAGGACAAAGAAGAGGCUGUGUAUCUGCAUGGUCCCAGGGUGUGAGUUUAAUACCAGGUCACGUGGAUGGGACAUCAACACCGUACUUUGUUGAAACAAACUCAUACCUAUGUUUGCUCUACUGCUCACCAUGCCAAACAUGCCAAUGGUUCACUUUGGCAACAAUCAUAUUGAAAGGCGCUCUAAGCGAGGUCAUCUUUUUGGCUAACUUGGGUCUUGCAUGUCUCCCGUGUCUUUCUCCUGGCAGCCCUCUUUUCGUAUAUCUUUCCUUCAGUGAAAGAUGUAUGGAAAUAUUUAUAUUUUUUUAGUGUGGGAAGUUUUUCAAGUGUAAUACUUCUAUCCUGCUAUUGAUAUUUAUAUAUAAGCAUGGAAUCAAAGCCGCCAGAGUUUGUUUCUGUUACUUUUGGAGGUCGUUUUUUUUUAUAAAGAAUUGUAUCUCUUCAUUCAAUGCUAUGUUUAUGAAAGUGAUGUGGCCAUACUAAUUAAUUUUUUUUCAAUUUUCAUGUGCAGGGGAUUAAGCAUAGCUGGAAUUCAAAACUCUAAUUUCUAAACAACAUUUAUAGAAUAGUGUCACAGAAAAACUGCUUUAUUACUAACAACAUACAUGUAAUAUAACAUGUUUCGAGAAAGUGAGUAUUGACAAACAUGGAUAUGGAAGUAUGGUUGUAUGUAUGGCAAGUAUGGCAAUAUAAUUUGUAUAGACUUCCAUCGUUAUAACAUUUGACAUGACAUCUUUUCUGUUUUCUGUAGCGUUUAUAUUGGUUGUUUUAUGUUGUUAGUUCAAGUGACUAAGGUUAAGGAAGUGACUGAGCAAAGCAGAACCGUGUUCGAUUCUCUCUUGUUCUACCUCCAAAAUGGUUCAACAAGCCACAGGGCCCAGCCAUUGUCUAUCCUCUGUUCUCUGUCCACAAGCGUGUCAGUCUGAUAUGCAUGAGUAUAUUAAUUUGUUGCUGUAUGUUGAUUGUUGAUUUUACUUAAUAAAAAAGUACAAGGCA